AUGUCCAAGAAGGAAGGUCAGAAAGUUUCAAAAGUUAGUGAUUUUGUGGUGGCCCAUACAGGUCCCUCUCUCCCUUUGGCUGAGAAAACGGACGUUGUGCGUACUCCUACUAACACCAUGUCGACGAUUGCUGCAGCUAUGGGCCAGCUCCCGCGGUUCGAUGGACGCUCUCCCGACCCCAAGGUGUGGCUAAGCCAAGCCACGAGGGCGAUGAGGUGCUUCCUCGCGAACACGACGGACGUGCAAAAGUUGGACUACCUACUCAUGCACCUGACGGACUCUGCCUACGUGUGGGCGGAAAGCAAGAACUUCACGACGGUGUCGGGGUUCGAACAAGCGUUCCAGAGUCGGUUCGUUUGGGAGAGCACGGCGACCGUGAUGCAUAAGCUGGCGACGUUGAAGCAGGAAAAGGGGCAAACGGUGACGGAGUUGGCGGAUGAGGUGAGGCAAUUGGCGGCCUAUGUCAAGGACUACCCGGUCGCCAUGAUGGUGAGAAUAUUCAUUGAGGGAUUGGAGGACCCGGGGUUAAGAGAGAAGGUGUUGGGAGGAAGGCCGGUAUCAUUGGAGGCAGCAGAGGAAGCCGCUAAGUACUUUGUGACCUACGCGCAGCCGAAGGAGAUAGAGAAGGAGGAAAAGAAGGUGGAGGUGAAGGAGGAGUCGGAUGUGGAUAAGAUCACGAAGCAGUUGGAGAAGUUAGCCAUGCAGCUGACUCAGAUGCAGCAGGGUAGGGGAGCAGGUAUCCUCCCUAGGCCGGGUGGUGGUGGAGGAGGAGGUUUUAAGUGUUACCAAUGUGGGAAGGAGGGGCACAUGGCUAGGGAUUGCACUCAAAAGGGGAGGCAGGCCAUGAACGUGAUGCAGCAGAUCAUGGAGAAGACGAAGCCGACCAUGACCAUAGCGGAGUUUUUGAAUGGAGAGGAGGACGGAGUGGAAAUGUUGGUAGGAGAAAGGAAGAGGCAUGCCAUUAGGGAUCCGGAAGGAUGGGGAAUCGAGGAGGCAAGGGAUGAGUUGAGAAAGAAGUUGGCGGAAGGAGGAGAGGAGGCAAAAGGGUCGCGGUUCGUGAGGGGAAAGGCAAGGAUCUCGUCCCUCCCCACGUCCUACAAUGUGGUGGAUCAACUCAAACUCACACCAGUGAGUGCGAGCGUGUGGAACUACAUCAAGGAUAGUGACAAGGUGAGAAAGGAGUUGUUGGAGGCUCUAAAGAAGGGGGAUGAGGAGAAGGAGGAUGGGGCAGCUGCUAUGCAAGGAGUGGCAAAAGUAGUAGCAGCCGCACCGGUGGAGGCAAAGGGGAAGGAGAAGGAGCCGCCUAGAGCUAGUAACCUAAUCUUUCAGAUCCCACAGUGCGACGUGUACCUCGGGAAGCAUCGGGUGACCGCGAUAGUUGAUUCGGGAGCUUCACAAACCGCCUUAUCCCACGUGAUAGCUAGGAAGCUUGGGCUGUUACCAUACAUCCAAGACACCACCAUAGAGUUCACCACCUCUAGUGGAGAGACUUCGAAGCCGUGGGGGAUUUUGCCGGACGUGCCGGUUAGGGUAGGGAAGCUGACUCUACCGGUGGAUAUUGCUGUGACGGGAGCGAACACGUACGACAUGCUCCUAGGUCAGGAUUGGAUCUAUUCAGCCAACGCGGAUAUCUUGACUAGCAAGGGGAAGAUAGUCUACCAGGUUAACACCACGGAGACCGAUUCGGUCCCCAUCACCACGGGGCCAUUGGGUGUCACCCGUCCCUCUUUUGUGCUCCUCCCCUCCCGCACAGUCCACAGGAACAUCAAUGAAGAGGAUGAGGAGCGGAUCAGGGAGUGGAUGGAGGAACAGGAUUUCCUUAAUUGGAUGGAGGAGAGGAGGAUAGCUAUGGAGGAGGGUAGGGUGGAGUUGAAUACGGAGGAGGAGGACGAGUACUAUUUAUGGUUAAGGGAGCAAGAGGAAGAGGAGGAAGAGGAGAAGGAGGAGGCUUCUAGUGAGGAGGAGUCCGAGGAGGAAGAAGAGGAGAAGGAGAUUAAGGAGGCUAGAGGAGAAGAGGAGGAGACUUGGGGGCAUGACUUCGGGAGCCCAACGGCGGAUGAGAUGGGAGCUUGGGACACGAUGGGCCUAGGGAUUGAUUGGGACAAAGAGUACGAUGAGAUGGUGGAGAAGUAUGUGGAGGAUGUGAACGAGGCCAAGUGGGAAGGAGACUCGAUGGUGGAUGGAGAGGAGUACCUAGACCAAGGAGUGGAGGAAUGGGAGUUGAUCUAUGAUAAGAAGCGGAAGCGGAUUAGCCCGAACCACCUUUUUGAGCUAUUCAACUACCCUGCAGCAGAGAGGUGGAACUAUCUUGCAGCGGAGAAGGGGGAUGAGGGGAGGAUCAUCUUAGGGAGCUACUACACCCUCAAGAAGGAGGCUCCUAGGGUAGCUUGCCCCGCAUUCGAGGACCUGCCCGUCUCUUUAAACCAUGAGUUAGGGGAGCAGCAGCAGAAGGAGGUGCGGACGCUCUUGGUGGAGUAUAGGGAUAUCUUCUCCACGGAGAAGGAGACGCUAGGAACCCAUCCCACCAUUCGCCACCACAUCUCCACAGGCAAUGCUAAGCCCAUCGCUCAUAAGCCAUACCGAGUCUCACCAUCCGAGCGCGCUAGAAUCGAGGAGGAGGAUGAAGAGGAAGGGGAGAGUAGUGAGUCAGUGACUCAAGGGGAGAAGGGGAAGGAUGGAGAGGAAGAGGAGAGCACGGAGGAGGAUGAGAAGGAGAAUGGUGAAGGAGAGGAGGAGGAUAGCAAAGAUGAGGAGGAAGGAGAAGAUGAUGGGAGCAAGGAGGAGGAAGGAGACAAGGAAGGGGAGGUAGAGGAGGAUAGUAGUGAAGAAGAGGAAGGGGAAGAGGUCGGAGAAGAGGAGGAUAGUGGGGAUUAUGAGGAAGGGCAGCGGCCGGAUGAUGGAGUAGAUGAGCAGCUGUUGGAGGAGUUAGGACAGCCUAAGAAGAAGGCAAGAGUGGAUGGAGAUGAGGAGGAAGGAGAGGAGGGGACCCCGAGUAAGAAUCCCGCGUCCGAGACCCUCGACAUUUGGGAUGACACCAACACACUGUUCUUCCUAGAGAAGGGAGCGGUUGAUCCGGCAUGGAACUCGGUGGAGAAGAGGAGGGAAGGAGGAGAGGAGGGAUAUCAUCGCAUUCCUUCAUGGGUUGGGGCAUUUGGGGGUGCAGAGGACCACGGACCUGGUCAAGAAGCAGAAUGA